AUGGCCGACCUAAUCGGGGCAUUGCCGGAAGCUGGACCCAGCCAGACACAACUGACAAUACUGGCCGGUCUAACACCAGAGGCAGCAGAAAGAGCGGAGGAGGAGGCGGCAGAAUACAGGGGAUUGUGGGAGAAACAGAUCAGUACCAAUUCCGAGAUACAAAAGAACAACGAAGGAGGAGAGAAGAGAGAUUGCGAAAGGAUAAGGAGCGCACUUGAUAACCUGCCCACCUUCAACGGCGAUCAAACAAAGUUUAAAAACUUCAUAGAACACAUAUCACUUCACUUCAAAGAAGACCCAGAAUACUUCAGAGAUGAAAAGAAGAAGAAAGCUUUUGUGUUAUCAUAUAUGAAAGAAGGAACAGGUGCAAGCUUUAGAAGUGAGUGGCUAGAAGAUAAGAUGUCCAUGACCUCAGCACUGGAACAGGCACAAUACCAAAGAUGGGCAAUCUUUGAAAGAAGGCUAACCGAAGCUUUCAAAAAUAAUUACAAAGAAGAAGAAGCACAAAACCAAAUCCUACAACUGAAACAAGGUAGUAAGACUGCAAGAGACGUCUUCCUAGAAUUUGACAGCCUGCAAAGGAGAGCAGGAUACAGGGAUGACUCCAUUUUGAUCACCUUGCUAAAGAGAAACAUGAACUAUACACUUGUGGACAAGCUCUACGUCAGCGGGCUGCCACCUAGCAGAUACAAGGAGUGGAGAAAACUCCUCCUAAACUAUGAUCAAAUAUGGAGAAAAACAGAAAAACAGAAGAAGGGGUACUUCGGUCAGACGGAGAGGACCGGAGCGAGGAAGGAAGAUGGAGGAGGAAAGAAGGCUCAUUCUGGAACCAAAGACAGAACCGGAACUGUCUACUCGGGUGCUGGGCAACCCAUGGAGAUAGACAAAGCCAGAUACAGAAAAGAAGGACUCUGCUUCAAAUGCAGAGUCAACAUCAGGAAAAACACUUUGGCUAUAUAG